AUGGAUCUUUUGAUGGAUAUAGAUGGUUUCAACGAGAAUGCCUGGUGGACAUUGCCUGAAAACUUUGAUGACCCACUUGUGACAUUCAUAGAUGAAGCCCAGGGAGAGCACAUAUCUGGCCAUGAAGAUGUAUACCUCAGAAGCAUCGAGCUACACAGCAACACCCUCAUUCAACUGGAGAGGUGGUUUACAGCCUCAGGCCAGACUCGAGUCUCUGUGGUUGGACCACUCAGAGCAAAGCGGUGGUUGAUGGAUAUGAUUCGGAGUGUGGGGAGCCAGCAAGCUUACCACCAGGCCCGAGGUGAAAAGAUGUUGCAUCACGUCCAGAACCAAACCCUGUCCACAGCUGACUUGGGUGACUCUUUCAGCAUGCCCGCAUACAUAUUUGGCCUGAUUCUUGAUAUCGUUUUUGGGUUCUGA